GGCAUCCAGAAGGGUCCCCGCUCCGACUUCGACAUGGCCUACGAGCGCGGCCGCAUCUCGGUGUCGCUGCAGGAGGACAGCACCGGCGCCUUGGCCGCCUUCUCCCGGUCCGUCUCGCACGAGCCCAAGGAGCGCAAGUCAGUGACGGUGGAGGAGCAACCGUCUGGCGUCUACCACUACAACUACUGCGAGGACGAUUCGGCAACCGGGGACUGUCCCUUCGGGCCCUACCAGGGCCGCCAGACCAGCGCCAUCUUCGAGGCUGCCAAGCGGGAGCUGGUCAAGCUCAUGAAGGUGGAG